AUGGCCAUCGUCUUCGCCGCUCGUGGUGUCGAAGCCAUCAUCCUCAUGACCCCCGGCAAUGCCUCCUCCUUCGCUACCGUCGUCUCUAACGUCAACCUCCUCACGGUCCCCUUCCCCUCUGUCCUCGAACUCGCCACGGAGUGCCAAAACCUCACCGCGGCCACUACCCCGACGAUGCACCUCGCAUUCAUAGCCGUCGUCACCACCCUCCGCAAGCCCUUCGACCACAUCCUCGCCGACCUCUCCCCCAACUGCGUCGUCACUGACGCGUUCCUCCCGUGGACCGUCGAUGUUGCCGCCGAGCGUGGUACUCUCAGGCUCUCCUUCCAAGGGAUGAGUGCCUUCGCCAACUACGCCUUUGACGUUCUUGGAAAGCUCAAGCCCCUCCAAACACUCCCGCUGGAGGCGGAGGACUUCGUUCUUACCGGUCUCCCUCUCAAAAUCAAGUUGUUCAAGUCCCAAAUCGACUCGUCAGCUGACACUGAUCCUAAAAAGGCCAGUAUGUUUGCCUCGAUUUAA